CAAUAUGAAGGUCUUAGUCUCGCUCUACGUCUUUGUGCCCCUGCUGGUACUGGCCACAGCAGAGGAGGAGGAAGUCCUAGAUUCUAUCCUGAGAGACAGAUCUCACAUUGAGGAAACUCUACGGCUCGCAGCGGAUGACGAAGCAGGAGACUAUGCUGCUGCUUUGCAGAGACUGAGAAAGAUCUACCACAAUUCCAUCAGGCCCAUGGAACAUGCCUACAAGUACAAUGAGCUCCGGCAACAUGAGAUCUCAGCCUAUCCAGGACGCACACUGGGGGAUUCGGCAACAGAUGGAGAAAUCACCUCAAAACCCAUGGUGCUGUUACUUGGACCCUGGAGCGUGGGCAAAUCCUCCAUGAUCAACUAUCUGUUGGGUCUGAAGGACACUCCCUACCAGUUGUACACAGGUGCUGAGCCCACUACUUCAGAGUUUACCGUCAUCAUGCACGGCGAAAAGAUCCGCACGGUGGAGGGCAUAGUCAUGGCUGCUGACAGCUCUCGCUCCUUCUCCCCUCUAGAGAAGUUUGGCCAGACCUUUUUGGAGAAGCUUGUAGGCAUCGAGAUGCCCCACAAGCUCCUGGAGCGGGUGACAUUUGUGGACACACCUGGAAUCAUUGAGAACCGCAAACAGCAGGAGAGAGGCUACCCAUUCAACGAUGUGUGCCAGUGGUUUAUCGAUCGAGCAGACCUGAUUUUUGUGGUCUUUGACCCCACCAAGCUAGAUGUUGGCCUGGAGUUGGAAAUGCUCUUCAGACAGCUAAAAGGUCGAGAGUCCCAGAUCCGUAUCAUCCUCAAUAAGGCCGACAGUUUGGUGACCCAGGAUCUCAUGCGCGUCUACGGCGCUCUCUUCUGGAGUCUGGCACCCCUCAUUAAUGUGACCGAACCACCCCGCGUCUAUGUCAGCUCUUUCUGGCCCUAUGACUAUGCCUCCGACACCAGCCUUGAACUCUUCAAACGUGAAGAAAUAUCUUUGCUAGAAGACCUGAACCAAGUGAUCGAGAACCGGCUGGAGAACAAAAUCGCCUUCAUACGACAACACGGCAUCCGUGUCCGUAUUCAUGCCCUCUUAGUGGAUCGCUAUGUACAGACCUUCAAGGAAAAGAUGACCUUCUUUAGUGAUCCUGAACUGGUGUUCAAUGAGAUCAUAGAUGAUCCCGACAAGUUCUACAUUUUCAAGUCUAUUCUGGCAAAAACCAACGUCAGCAAGUUCGACCUGCCAAACCGGGCUGCUUACCGCGACUUCUUCGGGAUCAACUCAAUUAGCAGCUUCAAGCAACUCUCUUCUCAAUGCUCCUACAUGGGUGGUUGCCUGCUGGAGAAGAUAGAGAAGGCCAUCACCCACGAACUACCAGGCUUGCUCAGCAGCAUCAACUCCGGAAAGAACCCGACUCUGUCCUCUUGCGAGGCCACUGGUUGUGGGGAGAAGCCUAAGAACCGCUACCGGCGAAACUGAGAGAAGAUAGAGGUGGAAGGGAGAUUGAGGAGGAGGAAGAGUGCAAGAAUGGAGGGGAUGUGGAGUAAACAAACAGAGGAAGAGCAGUAGAGCCAUUCCUGCCCUUGCCGCAGGUCCGAGUCAAUGGAGACGGAUCUCAAGGGACUUUUUUUCAGAAAAACUAAGAGGUUGUGUGUUGGGAAAGUUUGAGGGAAGGGGACUCAGGGUUUUGGGUAGAGGGAGUUGAGGUGGAGCUACUUCUGAAUGUGAGGGGAGUUUGCCAAAAAUAACUCUCCUCUCUUUCCGCAAUACUUUUAUAAACUAUCCACAGUUUUGGAGGGAAAAUGCGUAUGCACGUAAAACAAAAUGGCUGACACACACUUAAAACAUGUAAACAAAAUUGCUAAAAUAAAAUAUCCAGUGACUGAAAAUGUGUUGCAGCUGUGAAUGUAUGCUAAAAUGAACUUUGCUUGCAGAUGUUGUAUCCAAAAAAACAUAAGCUUGUAAUUUUUUCAACAUAUUGCCCAUACAGUAGCCUAUACAGUCAGUUCCCUGGUUGUACAUUUUUAUGAUGUCUUUAGCACUGAUUUCAUCACUUUCAUUUGUUAGUAAAUAUGGAUUUUAUUUCGCUCUCUCUUAUGAGAUAUUGAUAAGCUAAGUCUCUGGGUUUUACAGAAAUCAUUUUUACACGGCAUGGUAUAGGAGAAAGAAGAUAUUGAAGCUGCGUUUGAUUUCUCUCACACAUUUCCAUUCAUCCACUUUGUAUACAGCCAAAAGGCCAAUCUUUUCAGAAUUCCCCAGUUAAAGUCAAGGGUAUACUGUGUUUAUCCACGUGCUUUUACAUCUCACGGACAGUCUAGCGCUCUAGCCUUUCAAAGCAUGCCUCAAAAGAUGACUGUGUGGCUGCGUGGAAGCGUUCGCCAUGCUAUAACUGCUUUGUGAGGCUCUUUAUGCCCAAAGUAUACCACGGUUUUAUGCUAGUGUAUGAAUACAGUCAAAGAAACCAACUUAUUAUUCUUCAUUUGACCAUGUGAGCGUAUACAGGUGGACAGAGUACAAACAUCUAGACAAAUCAUGCUGUGCACGUACAGUGCUCGUGUACCCUACUUGUGAUUCAUUUUACGUCCUUCACCCUCUUCACUUUGGGCUGAACGCAGAAUUCAAUAUUUCACGUGAGAUGUAGCGGCAAAUGGAAAACCAAAGAACACUUUCGCCUUAAUAGCCAGGUCUUAUGUGAUGGUAGGUUCUUUGCGUGGAAGAAUGAUUAUAACUCUAGAUGACUAGAUAUUAUUCAGAAGUGUUUAGGGUGAGUUUAUGUACAUGUAUGCUUUAUGCUUUUCAAAUCUGUUUGCCUCAGUCAUGAUGUAUGGUGAAUCGAGUAAUACUUUGACUUCUCUGUGAAAAUGGGCAAACAUUUUCUAUGGGAGCGACUUAUAGCAAUAAAAGUAUUAUUAACUCGAGCUGUCUGUUUAUUU